AUGAGUAUGAAAUCGUUUUAGUUAUUUUCAGGUAAUGAAACCAAUAUUCUUGACAAUAAUAAUGUUGCCGUCAAUCUCUGCGUUAGUAGACUGCAGGACCGCAUGCAGGACUUGUCGGGAGGCCAAAGAGCAUCAAAACCUGUUAGAAGUUCACUGCGCCAUGUGCCAGGAGUGCAAGGAUAGGAGACGGGAGCGACUUGAACAGAAAAACCAAAGCCCCGCCGUUCCGAGGUCUCACGACGCGCCAAUCAUUACUCUGAUGCCUUAUAGCGCAUCUGAGUAUACCACCACCGCGUGUCCCACCCCCCCGCCGUGCUCUGAUUCCGAAGAAGACAUUCCGGUAGCCCUCACUGUGACCAUGACCACCACAACUACAACCACGACCACUACGACAACGACAACCACCAAAGCACCAUGCCCCACCUUCGCUCCCUGCAAGAAAAAGAAACUAAAAUCGAUAAUGCCGUACUACGCCCCCAUGAUGCCCAUGGUCCAGCCUUGCAUGUGCAUGCCGUACCCUGCGAUGUACCCAGGGUGCCCCUGUCCUGGACUCCAGCAGGCGCCUUCAUCGCCAGCUACGUUUACGAGGGAACAUACUUGGACUAUUCCUACGACUUCGAAAAAGUUCAUUGACGUAUUCGUCGGCGUACCAAAAGAUGUUUGGAGAGGGUGAACACAUUUAAUCUAUGUUAUGUGGUAUAACUAUUUGUAAUAAAACAUUGCCGCCAUUUGCAGCGCUAAUAUACACGCAAGUAGUAAGGAUUCCCCGGUAUUUAUCAUCGAUCUAACAUUUUAAGACAAUUAACAGAGACACAUUAGACUACAAGACUAAAUUUUCAUUAUUAUCUGAAGUAAGAGCGGUUCAAAUUCAACAAUUCAAAUAUAAAUAUUGCGAUAAAACGGUUUCUAGAGUUCCGUAGUCAAGUGACAGAUAAUGGAACCUUUGGAGUUUCCCCAGGUCC